AUGAAGAGCACAAAGAUCACUGAGGAGGAGACCCCAAACCAAAGAUUCUGCAGGUUUGCCCUGUUGCUGGGCACAGCAGGGCUGGAUGGAAGCCCAUUUCUGCAGCUCCCCCAAAGGCUGCUCCUGCUGGGGGCAGCCGCCCUGACUGUGUCUGCUCUGGAGACAGACCUCGGCGUCCCGGGCAUCCCCGGAGCCCAACGCUUCCACCCCAGCAUCCUUGUCCCGUCCAGCUCCUACCUGCAGUUCUACGAGGGUCGUCCGUCAGGAGCGCCCUGGCCCCGGGGCACCCCCCUCUGCGGCCUGACCAUCCUGGGCUGGGUGAGGUCCACGGGGGAGUUCCUCGGCCUGCGCCUGGUCACCAGAGGUCGCCAGCCCCGCGGGGACUUCGUGGGAGAAGUCACCUCUUUCCGUUUGGGCUCCUGUGGUCCCUACUUCCGCUGUGGGAAUGGCGGGCGCAUCCCCCUGAGUCUGGUUUGCGAUCUCUGGGGCAUGGACAACUGUGGCCACGGCAGUGACCAGGCUUCCUGGCCACCAGCCAACUGCAGAGGUCACUCUGUUAUUUCCCACUCUGGUCCCUCUCUGAUGCCCAGCCAGGAGGGGAGUACAGAGGCUGACACCUCCAGGCCCCCGACUGUCUCCCCAGCUCCCGGGGCAGCAGGCUCCCUCCAGAGUGCAGCUGGGAGCAGUCCCCCAGCGGGCCGGGGCCCUGCACAACAGGAUGCAGCUGCGGAAGGUCCCCGGCUACAGAAGGUGGUGCUGGCCUCCUCGCUGCUCCUGGCCUCUGCUGGCCUCCUCUGGUGCUGUUGCUCCUCCAGCCAGCUGGCCCGGAGGGCUGGGGCCCGUGGCCUCUGCUUUAGCUGCACCAUCUGUCACACAUGUCCUGGCCAGGUGGCCCCUGGUGGACUGCGGCCGAAUCAGUGGGGGGAUGUGGCCCUCUCAGUGCUGGGCUCGGCCUGCAGCAGCUCCUGGUAG